AUGGCUCUAAAGAUUGAAAUUGCUGAGACCAAGGUUAUUUUGCUCAAUCUGCUAAUAUGUGUGAUCAUAUUCUACUCUGUGUAUUAUGUGGUCCUGUGCAUUUGUUUCACAGCAUUCAGGCUGCAAAUGUUGGAUGGACUGGCACCCUUUGAUUUUAAGACAAAUCCUUCAUGGCUUAACCCAAAUUAUUUAGUUCUUCUCGUGUCACUGGAGAUAACCUACUUCAUGUCUGCACUGCUUUUUGUUUUGGUUGUGGAAGAAUGGGUUUGGGAUUAUGCUAUCACUGUCACAGUCAUUCACAUUGCCAUCACAACAGCUGUGAAGUCUGAAUUUCCUAUGAUGUUGCACUGGUGGGUUGCUUUAGGUUCUGGCCUAAUUUCAAUGAUUUGUGUUGGACAAAGCUUGGCAUACUACCUGUUCAAAGACAAUUUUAUUUAUCCAGUUCUGGAUUAUUUCUGA